AUGUCUUCAAAGAAGGGUAAAACUAAUGGAAACAUUCGCCAAUUUUUCAAGCCGACACAACAGGCUUCCACAUCGACAUCUACCCCUCUAUCCACAACUUCGCGCAACAAUGAUCAGAUAGCAUCCGGAUCCUCACUUUCCACAAACCCUCAGCCAACAGGCCUAGUCUCAAGUGCUACUAUGGAACCUCUGUCUUCUCCACAAUCAUCUUCUUCGCCAUCUUCUCCACAAUCCACCUCCUCUUUAUCAACUCCACCAGUAAACAUUCCGCAAUCCUCUUCCAAUAUCUCGAAUGGCGUUGUUCCAUGCUCAGACGACGAAGGCGAUUCUGAUAGUUCCUUGGAAGAUCUCAACGUUAUAUUCAAGACAAACCGUACAGCGCUGAUUGCGACAUCUUCCACGCUAGCCCCAGUAUCCCCCAGGGCCUCCAGAUUUAAGAAUGGCCCAAUCUCAAGCGCCAAGCGUUCUCCAUUAGCUCUGAGAAAAACACCAUACAAAUUUGAUCUGAAACAUCUCAUGGGAACUGCGGUAGCUGAUAGAGCGCUCGAGGAAAAAGAAAGAAGGCUGAAGGAAAUAACUCAGGAAGAUACGGAGAUGGGAGAUGAUGAACCUACCGCAUUCAACGACGAUAUUCAUGGCGGCAUUCUACGAAAGUUAAACGAGGAGAAAGAAGAUGGCGGUGGAAAGGAUAUUCAGAAAGUCUUAAAGGCUGUCAAGAGAACAGAAGCUGGAAAUGUUGGCAGUCGAUGGUACUUUUUCGAAACUGGAGAAACUCCCCCGAUCAAGAGGAAACCAUUUCCGACAUCUUCGUUGCCGAAAAAUUGGAAGAACGAUCUCGCCGAGCCUCAGAUCAGACAUCAAACAUUUGUAUCGGGGUUCGCGGAGAACAUGAUUGCGUAUCGAAAGAAAUUGCCCGAUGAGAUCAUUCAAUGGAUUCUAGAUGAUUUCUGCUUGGAAGAACAGAAUGAUCUUCGAAAUGCCUACUCUUCUGUUUUGGCAAUGUCACGGAAACAAGUUCACCGACUGGUUACGCCUGUGGUCAUUAGGAAGAUGUUCAAAUCUAUCGGUGCUACGAAUACGGCGAUUACUCUAUCUGAAAAAGUAGUACCGCGUCUAGAGAAAUCAGAUGCAUAUUCAAAUCAUCCUUGGUCAAAAGUCCGAGCUUUGAUCGGUCUUUUAAAUCUAACAGCCAAGUAUCUCCAACAAGAAACUAGGCUGGAAGUUAUAUGUAUACUCUUGAGACUGGGCAUAGAUCCAGUCUUACUAGAAAGAGUAGAUCUCCUAUCACAAGUACAGACUACACUGCACAAUCUAUGUCUCUGGAUUGAUCCAGAUGUUUGGGAAGAAACUUCCCAAACAAUCUGCGCCACCCUCUUCAACACCGUCGAGCUCUCUUCUCUCCGUCUCGGCAUAGUAAAUUCCAUUCUCCCCUUCCGCUCCUCCAAACUCCACGAACUCCGUCGUCGCCUAGCCCUCACAUUCUUCUUCUCCUCUCUCCCCGUAUCCCUCUCUCCCCCCCAAAAAUCCUUCUCCAUCCGCUCCAUCAUCCAGCGUCUCAACGAUCCCCCCUUCCAGAUAACUCGUACUACCGAUUAUGCCGAGCUCUCGGCCCUAGUUCUCCUCCUAGACAUUGGUAUUGACGAUGGACGAGCCGAAGAUCUAGACCUGACAGAUGAAGAUACAGAGAUACAGUUUAAUAAAGACGUAGAUGAGUUGACGGAUCGAUUUGCUAAUUUCGGCAUCAUGGCUUCGGGUGCCGCUCAUAUCUCAAAGGUGGAAACAAGUGGAAUUUUAAAUUUAGUGGAGAGGAGAAUAGAACAUACGGUGAGGACUAGGCGGAAACCGAAAAAUAUGUUUUAUGAAGAGACGAAGAAAUAUUAUGAACAGGGAGAAUCUCUGGAGGGAAUGCAAAAGGGCAUGUCUAAUUUUGUGAAGCAGGCAAAAUAG